AGCUGAUCAGACGACUACGAUAAAAGUUGAUCUUGAAGAUACAAUUCUCAAACCCCGGACAUCGCAACGUUUGUCAAGCUUCGUUUUUUCUUUUGACCUCACACCUCUCUUUUACUUGAGAUAUUGAACCGCCAGUCCUUGUUCCCAAGACACCAUGGCAAAAACAUUAUUCGUCAACGGCCGGAUCCUGUCCAAGACAGAGACAGGCCUCAACGGCAACGCCCAUUUCUCAGAUUGCAUGCUCAUCCAAGACGACAAAAUUGUCGCGGUCGGGUCGCGUAAUGAGAUCUCUCAGACUCUAGGUUCAGACAUCCACAUUCGUGAUCUUGAUCAGCGUGUCGUUCUUCCCAGCUUCAUCGAUGGCCAUAUGCAUCUCCUUCUACUCGGUCAAUCGCUCCGAAAGCUCGACCUUUCAAGGUGUACUUCACUUGAGGACAUCCGUUCAUGUAUCCGAAAAUACGCUGCUGAAAACCCAGAGGCACCAACUAUCCUUUGCAAAGGAUGGAGGCAUUACAUGACGCCGGGUGGGGUUACGGCAGCAAUGCUAGAUGAUCUUGAUCCACGACCUAUUUUCAUCGAUGCAGGCUCUUUACACUCCUGCUGGUGCAAUACCGCGGCUCUGGAGGAGCUUGAGGUUGAUGGUAUGCCAGAUCCAGCUGGUGGCAAGAUUUAUCGUGAUGCAGAUGGAAAGCCAUCCGGGCUUUUGGACGAGGGCGCCAUGAUGUCGAUCAUUUGGCCUUUCCAAGCAAAGUCAUCCCCCAAACAUGAACGAAUAGAGGCUAUCCGCGCCGCCGUGAAGGAGUACAACGCAGCUGGCUACACUGGCGCAGUCGAAAUGGCCAUGGAUGAGGAAGCAUGGGAUGCACUCGUUGCUCUCAAAGAAACAGAACCCAAUCUGUCACUGAGAUUAGCAGCCCAUUGGCUCAUCAAACCAACCGCCAACCUGGAGCAAAACUCAAAACAAGUGCAGCGAGCCAUCGAGCUGAGCAAGCAGUACAACUCGACAACAAGUCCUGAUCUUCGACUUGUUGGAAUUAAGGUCAUCACUGACGGUAUUGUUGACGCAUGUACUGCCUACCUCUCUGAGCCGUAUGCCACUUCUGGAUGCCCACCACCUAUCUGGGAGCCUGAGUUCCUCGAACCCGUUGUCAAAGAGGCUGAUGCUGGUGGCUUACAAAUUGCCUUACAUGCGAUUGGCGACGGCGCCGUCAGAAUGGCUAUUGAUGCUAUUGAGAAGCACGCUACACCAGGUCGAAGGCAUAGAAUUGAGCACUUGGAGCUCGUUUCCCCAGAAGACGCUAAGAGGCUUGGAAAGCUUGGUCUAACAGCAUCCAUCCAGCCCAUUCACGCAGACCCAACAGCAUUGACAACAUGGCCUGAACUCAUUGGGGAGGAGAGAUAUGAAAGAGCAUUUGCAUACCGCGAGUUCGCUGAUGCAGGUGCCUUGAUGGCGAUUGGUACUGAUAGCCCUACAUCACCAUGGUCGCCUAUGCAUAAUUUCCAUGUCGCUAUCAACAGGCAGUCCUCCAAGAACCCGGAGAAUCCCAAGAUAGUACACGAGCAUUUUAGAUUAGGCUUGUGUGAGACAUUUGUCGCCGGUACAGAAGGUGCAGCGCGAAGUGUUUUUGCUGAAGAUCGUGUUGGAAGCUUGACACCUGGGAAACUGGCAGACUUUAUUGUUGUUGACAUGGAAUGGGAUCCGAAGACAUUACUCAGGGCUGAGGUGAAGGAGACCUGGUUUGGAGGAUCCCGGGUAUUCUAACUAGAUUUAAGAUUAUAAAAGAUU